CUGACUCUGGGUCUCUGCUGUGUGUGUGUGUGUGUGGAUCCAGGCAGCCAGUUUGAGCCGUGGAUGAAGGAAUCUGUCAGACAUGUCAGUGAAUCUGAGUAAGAACGGGACGGCCCUCAUGCAGGCCUACAAGGACGUGGUGGACGGGAAGGUGGACACCAACUGGGCUCUCUUCACCUAUGAGGGGAACAGUAAUGAUAUCCGUCUGGCAGAAACAGGAGACGGGGGGUUGGAGGAGAUGGUGGAGGAGCUCAACAGCGGGAAGGUGAUGUACGCUUUCUGUCGCGUACAGGAUCCAAACUCUGGUCUACCUAAAUAUGUCCUGAUCAACUGGACAGGUGAAGGUGUGAAGGACACUAGAAAAGGAGUGUGUGCCAACCAUGUGAGCACCAUGGCCAACUUCCUUAAGGGUGCCCAUGUGACUAUAAAUGCGCGUGCAGAUGACGAUGUGGAGCCGGAGGUGAUCCUGCAGAAGGUGUCCAAAGCGUCCGGAGCGAGCUUCAACUUCCACAAACAGACUCCAGAGUUCAGAGACGCUCCCAGAGGACCUGUGGGCUCAGUGUACAAGAAGGUCAACGCCGUGGAGGAAAUCCAACAAACCAACAAGGACGACUUCUGGAGCCAAGCUCAGCGGGAUGAAGAAGUGCGCCGGCGGGACGAGAGCAAGCGAGCGGAGCUGGAGCGGCAGGAGGCCGAGAGGGACCGCAGGGAGAUGGACGAGAAGCAGGCCAAGGAGAGGGAGAGGAGGGCCAAGGAGAGAGCUCAGCAGAUAGAACAGGACAAACUUUAUCAGAAGAAAAGAGAAGAAGAGGAGAGAGAGAUGGAGACGAGGGAGAUGGAAGAGAAGCAGGCGAAGGAGAGAGAGAGGAGAGCCACGGAGAGAGCUCAGCAGGCUCAACAGGACAAGCUUCUUCAGCAGAAAAGAGACGAGGAGGAGAGAGAGAGGGAGCAGCAGCGACAGUAUCAGCAGGAAAAUGGAACCAAGCGGUCGGGCAUCAACUUUGCUGCGUCAGUGCAGAAAGCUAACGAGGCCAAGUCUCUCAUUUCUCAGAGAUCAUUUAAUCCAAGAGACAUAUUCAAGCAGCGGGAGCAGAGCUUUGAGUCCAGCCACAUACCGUCUCCUGCCAGACCUGGGAAGCUGCAGAGUCCCUUUUUAUCCCAGAAAUCCUUCGAGAGAGAAGCUGCUCCUGCUCCAGCCGUGAUCCCCGCCUACUCCAUGCACCCCCUGUCUCCUGUCUCACCUGUCUCACCUGUCUCACCUGCUGCAGCCGAGGUCCCGGCCUACUCUCUGACCCCGCUGUCUCCGGUCACACCUGUCUCACCUGUGGUGUCUCACUCUCUGGCUCCGGCCGAGGUCCCGGCCUACUCCGUGCACCGCCUGUCUCCUGCUUCUCCUGAGCUGUCUCACUCACCUGCUGCAGCUGUCUCACCGACACCGGACUCACCUGUUCACCACGCAGAUACGACUUACACAGAGGAGGAGGAGUGGUCUGACGAGUUUGAUGAUGAUGCAGGUGAAGCUACUCCAGAGCCGACAGCAGCAGCAGAGGAUCUGUACCAGACGCCGCGGCCCGAGGAGGAGGACCUGUAUGAAGACGUCUACCAGGACGUCUCCCCGGCUGGAGAUCAGAACCAGAACCAGAACCUCAGAGCCAGAGCUCUGUACGACUACCAGGCUGUGGAUGACUCAGAGAUCACCUUUGACCCUGAUGACAUCAUCACGGACAUCGACAUGGUGGACGAGAGCUGGUGGCGAGGAACCGGCCCUGACGGACGCUACGGCAUGUUCCCAGCCAACUACGUGGAGCUUCUCUAGUCUUCAUCAUAACAAUAAAAACGAUAGAACGAAAGAUUUCUCUCACAUGAAAAGUUUGUUUGUGUCAGAAUCUCUCGUUGUUUAUUAUCAUCGCAUCAACAGACUGUAAUAAAUAAAUAAAAUAAG